AAGCUAGCUUAUUAUAAAUUACAACAAUAGAACCAAAUUUUUGAAACAUCACCAAAUCACAAUACAAUAAAAAAUAAUUUGUAACAAGAAUGUCUAAUUCAUUAAUCAAUGGCCACAAUCCAAGAGAGAUUUUCCAAGCACAAGCUUUAUUAUACAAACACAUAUUUGCCUUCAUAGAUUCCAUGUGUCUAAAAUGGACGGUUGAGAUGAACAUACCAAACAUAAUCCACAAUCAUAACAAACCCAUUACACUUUCAAACUUAGUUUCAAUUCUUCAAGUUCCAUCUUCCAAAAUUGGUAAUGUUCAACGUCUCAUGCGUUACCUUGCACACAAUGGAUUCUUUGAGAUAAUAACAAAUCAAGAAGAAGAAAAUGAAGAAUCCUAUGCUCUCACUGUUGCUUCUAAGCUUCUUGUUAAAGGCUCUGAUCUUUGUUUAGCUCCAAUGGUUGAAUGUGUUCUUGAUCCAACUCUUUCAGGUUCAUAUCAUCAAUUGAAAAAGUGGAUUUAUGAGGAAGAUUUAACACUUUUUGGUGUCACUUUAGGAUCUGGAUUUUGGGAUUUUCUUAAUAAAAAUCCUGAAUAUAAUAAAUCAUUUAAUGAAGCAAUGGCUAGUGAUUCAAAAAUGAUAAAUUUGGCAUUGAGAGAUUGUAAUUUGGUUUUUGAGGGGUUGGAAUCAAUGGUGGAUGUUGGUGGUGGAACUGGAACAACGGCUAAGAUUAUUUGUGACACAUUUCCUAAGUUGAAAUGUGUUGUUUUUGAUAGGCCACAAGUUGUUGACAAUUUAUGUGGAAGCAAUAAUUUGAGUUAUGUUGGUGGGGACAUGUUUUCUUCUGUUCCUAAUGCUGAUGCUGUUUUACUUAAGUGGAUUUUACAUAAUUGGACUGAUAAGGAUUGCAUAAGGAUACUUGAGAAAUGUAAGGAAGCUGUUACAAGUAAUGGGAAAAAAGGAAAAGUGAUUGUGAUAGAUAUGGUGAUAAAUGAAAAGAAAGAUGAGAACCAAAUUACUCAAAUAAAGCUCCUUAUGGAUGUGAACAUGGCAUGUCUUAAUGGAAAAGAGAGAAAUGAGAAAGAAUGGAAGAAACUUUUCAUUGAAGCAGGCUUCCAAGACUAUAAGAUAUCUCCUUUGACUGGAUUUUUGUCUCUUAUGGAAAUCUAUCCUUAAAUAGUAGUGCUUUGUGAAUUUGUGAUCUAUUUAAUAUUUUACAUGUUAUAAACCAUUACUGUUUUGAUCUAUUUAAUAUUUAAUAUUAGAAGAUUCUGGUAAAUUCAUAGAUCGAAUAAUAUUUGCUCUAUAAAUAAUAAAUUAGUGAUCAUUUUAUGAAUUAAA